CGCUAAGAUUUUGGUACCAAAAGCAGCAGACCCUGGAUUUAGCAUCCUUCCUUGGAUACUCGGUUUUCUUUAAACAAAUGUUGAGCACGUUCCAGUGUCCUCUCUGGGUGCGACACCUCCAAGCCACUGGCUUGUGGUUCCUUCCCACCAUCUCCUUCGGCUCAUCCCACCCCAGCCUGCGCAUGCGUCCUAAGAAAGCCCCUCCACUAGCGGCCCAGACUCCGAGUAUUGUCGGGGGCUAUUCUCUCUCCUAGGAACAUGGCGGCGAGUCAGGGAGGCGGUGGGAAUAGUGGGGGCAACGGCUGCAGUGGAGGUGGAAGUGGCGGUGGCGGUGGCGCGGCUGCAGGAGGAGGAGGUGGUGGAGGAGGCGGUGAUGGUGGGGCUGAGUCGGGGGGAGGUGGCGGCUGUGGCGGGACCGUGGUGGUGCCCAUCCCGGUACCGACUCUUUUCGGUCAGCCGUUCCCCAAUGGGCCGCAGUGGCACCCGGGGAGUUUGCAGCCUCAGCACACGGUGAGGAGCCUGGACCGGGCCCUGGAGGAGGCGGGGAACUCUGGCAUCCUGAGCCUCAGCGGCAGGAAACUCAGAGACUUCCCUGGCAGCGGCUACGACCUGACGGACACCACCCAAGCAGAUCUUUCCAGAAAUCGUUUUACAGAAAUUCCUUCAGAUGUGUGGUUAUUUGCACCGCUUGAAACAUUAAACCUGUAUCAUAACUGUAUCAAAACCAUUCCUGAAACCAUUAAGAAUUUGCAGAUGUUAACAUACCUUAACAUUAGUCGAAAUCUUUUAUCAACGUUGCCAAAAUACCUAUUUGACCUUCCUCUUAAAGUUUUGGUGGUCAGCAAUAACAAACUGGUAUCCAUUCCAGAAGAAAUUGGAAAAUUAAAAGAUUUGAUGGAGUUGGACAUUAGCUGCAAUGAGAUUCAGGUCCUUCCCCCACAAAUGGGAAAAUUACAUUCCCUUAAAGAGCUAAAUAUAAGAAGAAAUAAUCUUCAUGUUUUGCCAGAUGAAUUGGGAGAUCUUCCCUUAGUGAAGUUGGAUUUCUCCUGUAAUAAAGUUACUGAAAUUCCUGUUUGCUAUAGGAAGCUCCAUCAUUUACAAGUAAUAAUUUUGGAUAACAAUCCAUUGCAAGUACCACCAGCACAGAUAUGCUUAAAGGGAAAAGUACACAUAUUUAAGUACUUAAAUAUACAAGCAUGUUGUAGAAUGGAUAAGAAACCAGAUUCCCUGGAUCUUCCAUCGCUGAGUAAAAGAAUGCCUUCUCAGCCUCUCACAGACAGUAUGGAAGAUUUUUAUCCAAAUAAAAAUCAUGGACCUGACUCUGGAAUUGGAAGUGAUAAUGGAGAGAAGCGGUUGUCUACAACAGAACCAUCAGAUGAUGACACAAUCAGCCUUCAUUCUCAAGUCUCAGAAUCCAAUAGAGAGCAAACAUCCAGAAAUGACAGUCAUAUAAUAGGAAGCAAGCCUGAUUCUCAGAAAGACCAAGAGGUGUAUGAUUUUAUUGAUCCCAGCACAGAAGAUGUAGCAGUCCCUGAACAAGGAGAUACACAUAUUGGAUCAUUUGUUUCUUUCCUUAAGGGGAAAGAAAAAUGCUCUGAAAAAUCUCAGAAAAAUGAAGAACUGGGGAAUGAAAAAAAACUUGACAAAGAACAGUUACUUCCAGGAGAAGAUGAUGAUGAUUUGAAAGAAGUAACUGAUUUGAGGAAGAUAGCUGCUCAGUUAUUGAAGCAAGAACAGAAGAACAGAUGGAGGCCUUUAAAUUAUAAAUCAUCAUUCAGUGACAAACUCUUCCAGAGGACCAGAGCAGCAGGACGGAAAUCAAGGAUUCUUAAUCAUUCAACUUCUGUCAUGAGAAAUAAGCUGAAACAAACUAUGGAUUGUGAAAAGAGUGUCUCAGCAGAUGAAGGGAAUUCACCAUUAUCACCUCUUGCAUGGCAGCCAUUAAAAAAUCAGAAGGAUCCAAUAGCUGAUCAACAAUGGCCAGAAUCUCAGCCUAUAAUCUGGCAAAAUGAAGAGAGGAGACGGAGCAAGCAGAUCAGAAAAGAAUAUUUCAAGUACAAAUCAACAAGGAAGAAUUCAAGUGGCAAUGAAAAUGAGGAGCAAGAGAGUGAUAAUGCUCAUAUGUUACCACAGUCUCCGGUAUCAUCUGAGGAAUAUGACAGGACUGAUGGCUUUUCACAUGGUCCCUUUGGCUUGAAGCCUAGAUCAGCCUUUAGCCGUGCAUCUCGUCAGGAAUAUGGGGCAGCAGAUCCAGGUUUUACAAUGAGAAGAAAGAUGGAACAUCUACGGGAAGAGCGUGAACAGAUACGGCAGCUUCGCAGUAAUCUUGAAUCCAGAUUAAAAGUCAUUUUGCCUGAUGACAUAGGAGCUGCACUGAUGGAUGGAGUUGUUCUUUGCCAUUUAGCCAAUCACAUAAGGCCACGCUCCGUCGCUAGUAUCCAUGUACCAUCACCAGCAGUGCCCAAGCUGAGUAUGGCAAAAUGUCGAAGAAAUGUAGAAAAUUUUCUUGAUGCUUGCAAAAAGUUGGGUGUUUCACAGGAGAGACUCUGCUUGCCUCACCAUAUUUUGGAAGAACGAGGUCUUGUGAAAGUUGGUGUCACAGUUCAGGCACUCCUUGAAUUACCUACUACCAAGGCAUCUCAGCUUUCUAUGGCUUGAUGUGACAUUAAAACAAUUAUAUGUCUAUAAUUUCCUGUAUUUGAAAUUAUUUCAGAUAUCUCAAAAUCAUUAAGAAGAAUGUCCAGUAAAAAGUUUGCCUUAGGUUUCUUUUUCUUUUUUUAACUACACUAAGAUGUCACACGUAAAUUCUGAAUUGUCCAAGCAGUUUUUGGAGGAAAAAUGGAUUAAUUUAAUAAGAGUUCCUGAUAAAGUAAAAUUCUCCUUGUGUUGUUGUUCAAUAACCUCGACUAAUUUUCAGAAUGCAAAUUGAUACAGAAUUGAAAACACAAUUUAACAAUCACUUUAUUUUGAGUAUUUUUUACAUCACUGUAUACUAGUGAACAUCUGGGUAAAGGUAAUCAUAUUCUAGGAAAACAAUUAUGCAUUUGAGUUAUUUCAUAUACUUCUAGUUUAUACACAAUCUCUUCAAUAUUUUGUCUUUGUUUCCUAGAAAAAAAAAUGAAUAGAAAAUUACAAAACCCUGGCAUUAUUUAAUUCUUUUAGUAUUAUCAGUUGGUGCCAAAAUAUUUUCAGUUAUACUGUAGGUUGUUUACAUGUGAAGUGCCUGUGUAAUUGAUGAAUCUUAAAAUAGUCUUAAGCAUUUUUGCAAUUUCUUUUUAUGUAUUAGUAGAAUCAGUGGAAUUUUUAAAUAUUUUGGUAGGUUUGGUAUGGUCAGUAAUAAGUGAGGAUUUAAAUGGUGGUUUCUUAGCUAAUCCAUUGCAGUUUUCUUUGAAUUGGUUAUUUCACGUUGUCAGAAAUGUUAAUAUGCUUAAUUUAUGAUAUUUAAUUAUGCAAAACUAUAAGCAUCUUUUAAAUUGUUUUCUCUGAAGAGUACUUUAUUUCUUUGUUGAAAACGUUACACAAAGCUGUAAGGCUUUGGAGAGCUAGGAAAGUAUUAAUUGUCAAGGACAUUUGGAUGCAACUAAUACUGUUCGCACCACAACUUACUGGAACAUUAAGUACAUUGAUACUGCCUUCCAUUUUCAGAGAGCGGCUAUUGAGAAACAGGUUUUGAUUCAAAAUCUGACCAUUUCUGGAUCAUGUAUACCUUAUGAUCCUCAAAUAACUUGAUGUUUAAUUAAACACAGUCUGGUUGAUAAAACACAAUCUUCAAUAAAGUCCUUGCUUAAUUUGGAGAUGGAUAAACUUAAGUUAAUUGUAGUUCAGGAAUGUUUCCAAAAUAUUGAUGUGAUGAAUAACUCAGUUUCCUAUUGAAGAGCCUUCAUAUCCACUUUUGUAGUAGCCAAGCAAGUAUCAUUUCUUAACUGUGUGAUUAUUUGCACUUGUUACCUCUUAAUAUGGAUGUAAUUUAUUCAAAACGUUGGCCUGAAUAUUUCAAAGGGCAUUUAUAAAAUUUAAACUGUCACGUGCCAAAUACUAUGGUAAGGAUUGAUUUUAGAAAUGUCUACAUUUUUUUGGUCUGUCAUCAUGAAGCCAUAAAUUUGAAUCUCGGCUUUAGAAUACAGAAGUGUUUCUACAUUCCCCAGGAGUAAAAUUGGAAAUAUUAAAGAGUAAAAGCUUUUUAUUACUGUAAUUUUUAAGAAUUAAAUUAUUAAUAAUUUAUUAUUUAAAUAUUUGAUCUAAUUAGUUAUAAUUAAAUAGUCGGACCUCAAAAUAUCCCCAUUGACAUAAUAAAUCUCCUUAGUGAAAAUUUGGAUAAUGUAGGUAAUUUAUAAGUACAUUAGUUGGUGAAUUUUUAAUCGAGACAGCUGAAAUCAUUACAAAUUUAAAAUUUUUAACAACCAAAACAAUCAGUUGUACUUCUCUCAUGAUUAUUGUGUACAGAAUUCCAUUAAUUAAUUAAUUAAUUAAUUAAUUAAUUAAUCUGGUAUUGUUUUACAAGUAUUUUUGUGUUUUGUUGUUAAUGAGAUAGUCGUGAAAUUUUGGACAAUUCUUUUAGUACAUUUCAUUUGUCAGUUAACUAUUAAAAAGAAAAUAGAACAGAAAUUCAGUGUUCAUUCUUUAUAGCAAAUAAAACUUCUUUUAAGAUGGGUCCCCUUGAGGUUUAUAACAAAGCAGUUCAAUAAUAAUUGUGCUAAAAGGCAAUACCAACACCACUUCUAAUACAGGUUUUCAACCUAGCCCAUAAUGACAACCUUAUACCAAGACCCUGACACAUUUCUGUUAGUAGUUUAUAAGUGUAAAUUUUAUUCUAAAAUUUUCUAUGACUUAUAUAUUUACUUUAUCAGUUAUUGAAAUAAGAGUGAUUAUCAUUAUUUGAAUGGUUUUGUGAUUUGAGGAGGAUUGAAUAAUCGGAGAAUAUUUUAUUUGGUCCAAAAUAUCAUUAGAUAGCUACUUCUGUUAAAUUUUAUGACCACAUGGCACAAGAAAAAAAAGUGAUGUUGGAUAUGUUUGAAUCGAAAUGAGUAAAAAUACAUAACCAUUUGUUUAAUAAUUAUCUUUAUAGAAUGCUAGUUUAAUGACUUUUCUAACUGAAUUUUUUGAAGAAUUCAGAAAUAUUUGUAUUAGUCACAGAUUUAUCAUAAUUGAUUUUCUGAUGCAUUUAAAAAGAAAUGGAACACUAAAUGUAUAUUACCGAUGCAAACUGUGGAUAAAAUUGAAUGAAAAAAAUUCUAAACCUGGAUCUCAUUUUCUUCCUUUCUUCUACCGCUUUCACUAUAACUAUCACACUGUGAUUGUUUUUGUCUGUGGUCCCCACUGCAGAAAAAUAGUUACACCUUGAAUGCUGGCAAUGUUGCUCAGUGAGGAAAGGCCCUUGCUCUGAAUCCUGACAACCUGAGUGUAAUACCUAAGACCCAUAAGGUGGCAGAAGAGAACCAAUUCCUGCAAGUUGUACUUUGAUUUGUGGAUAUCCAUGUACUUAAGCUCCACAAGUGCACCUUGUCAUACUAUUACGCCCCUCGCAAAAUAAAGAAAUGUGCUAAGAGAGAGAGAGAGAGAGAGAGAGAGAGAGAGAGAGAGAGAGAAAAGCUUUGAUAAGACAUUCACAGUAACUUUAUUUGGGCAUGUUGGCACAGCUAGGAUCUUGCCUCCUAGGGAGUCUGAAGUGAGAGCAUCUCUUGAACCCAGCAGUUUAAGGAUAGUCUGACAAUGAAAUUCUGUCAAAAAAAAAAAAAAAAAAAAAAAAAAAAACCCUACAGGACAACAGCAACAAAUACAACAAAAGCUGAAAUAGAUUGCGGUAAAGGUCCUGAUUCCUUUUACACCAUGUUAUUUUCAAUACAAUUUCAUUUAAAAUUAU